UGUCGUUGAACUAAUCUUGAGUCGGUGUGCGCUGGUCGCCGCGGCCCACGGGUGGGGAAAAAUGGUUUUUGUUGAUGUCUGUUGAGGCAUGGUGAGUUCACGGACGGCAGCGGAGAAAUGACCUCAUCACAGCGUCGCCCGAAAUUGUCGUUGUCUUCCAAACGGUGACAAUGCUCGACUCGAAGGCUCUGAGCCCGUCAACCGUGGUCGUGUCGAUUGCUCCCAGUCAACUGGAAACUGUUUUGGUUGGCGAUCCUGAGCUACAUUGUAGUCACGGGGCCCUUACCAACUCUUUCGGAUGGUUUGUGCAAGGAGUUCUAGCCGGACUAGCGUUUGCCUGCCUGAUAGUGAAGAGGUUUUGUGAACCUAGAAGGCACAGGCGACCAUGGAUAAUUUGGUUUUAUGACACUUCCAAACAGGCUGUGGGUGCCUUAGUGAUUCACUUUGCCAAUAUUUUUCUAGCAGAAUUUUUUCAAGGAGACCCAUGCACUUGGUACAUUGUGAGCUUCCUGCUGGACUCAUCGCUAGGUCUUAUGUUCCUGUUUGCGGGCAUUCGUCUGACGCAGCACAUAGCUCGAAAACGAGGCUGGGAUGCUUUGAUGUUCGGGGAAUAUGGAAUCCCACCUGAACCACGGGCAUGGCUUGCUCAGUGUGCCGUCUACGUCACGCUCAUGUUGUGUGAGAAAGUAAUGGUUGUUCUGGUCAUUCAGCUGCACUUUUGGGAAAGAGUUCGUGUCUUCAUCAUGUCUCCCAUUCGAAACCCAAAAGUGGAAGUGGCUCUGGUCGUCCUAGUGAUUCCCUUUUUCAUUAAUGUCUUCAUAUUUUGGGUCACUGACAACUUCCUGAUGCACAAGCCAAGGAAAAUGAAGCGUGACAAAGAGACAAGCUCUCCGCAAGCCCGGGUGUUCUACCGUCAGGACGAUCUGUCAGCCUCUCCCGAGUGUGAAGUGCUCCUUUCUGGUGACGACCGUUCCGACGGUGCAGUGCACCAUCACCGCCCGACCAUCGUAGUCAAGUGAGGUGGACUUGAAUCGAGCAAAGAUGAUACUUGAUAGAGAGAUAAAGAAGAUAUACUCGAGGCAGUUGGCACCUGCUAAGAAGGUGAACUUACUGCAUGUAGUCGAUGAUCAAGGUUCUUAUCUGGCAGAUGACAGGGUUAUGCUUCAUCAGUCUUACUCCAGAGCAACCUACUUCCAGUCAUGACUUUUCUUGGCCAAGCUGGAAACGCAUAUACUGGAUUUUCCUUUUUCUUUUUUUUUUCUGUUUAGGAUAUGCACCAGAAAGAGUCAACUUUCUCAUGUACUGGCCAUUGGUAGAAAAAAAUCUAGGUAGUAACAGGUACUACCAUGUUGUUGUCCAGUGGUUGUAGAUUGUGCUGUGUUGAUUUAGUGGCCUUUCUUCCGCAUUCCCGAUGGCAUUUAUUUUCGAGGAAACAUUGUAUUACAUAAAAUAACGUUACGCUUUUGUAAUUCCGAAUUUGGGGGGUCCGCCCAUAUUCCAAUGUUCAACCAGUAUUCUGGUUUACAGUCGUGCUUCGUUAACAGGGGCCCCAUUAAUAUGGACAACUCGAAUUAUGGACGAUUUUUGCCAGGACCAGAAUUUUUCGAUGCAUUUUUCGUUUCGUUAAUGCGGAAACUCACUUUUCGGACAAUGGACGGCCCAGCAAGGUUUAAACCACAUGUAGUCUAUGUAUUUUCAUAUCGUUAUUAUGGCAAGCCUCUUACCACAUUCUACAGGAGCACUUUUGAAAGUACGACGUUCCAUUGCACAAAGGGAACUAUGCCCUCUCCUUCACAGCCGUCUACAAGAACUAUAAGAGGAAAGGGGAUAUUUGUGGACACGAAGGGACUGGAAAAUCCAGUAUGAUGUCAUGACUGCUCCGAACACGUCCACAGGCAGUCGACCCUCGUACAAGGAGUUGCUCCCUUAGUUAAACAUAGUGCAGUCACUCAGCAGCUUACGAGAACAGAGGCGGUACUGUUGUCAGGCUCUGGUUUCAAAGACCUGAGCAACACAAAGCCAACGGUCACAUCUGCUAUCGCUCAAGCGGGACUACAAAUGUCUCUUCAAUUAUUUGAGGACCACGGUGAUGAGCAACAGGCUCUAUGUGUUGCCAACCUUAUGUCAGAGGGACCAUGAAACGAUAUUUGAUGAGGCUACGAUCAUUUUCAUUUUGUUCCUCCGUACUAAAGUGUUCUCCCUGUGAAAUAUCAAGUUGAAAAUCAUUCAGAUGGCGAAAAUAUUGUAUAUUAACCACAGCCGAAUGAAUGACGGCUGCUAUGUCCUGCCUUCGAGGCGAACUGGCCAUGACAUCAUGCACAGAGGACGUUGACGAUUUGCGAACGAUCUUUUGGGAGCAAAUUGCUAAAUUUGCGAGCAAGCUUGCAAACUUGAGCACGAAAUAUGUUUUAAUUUGACGUAUCUAAUCGUUGACACAGAAUCCUAGCAGAAGUGUAAUGUAGCUGUUGAUUGUCAGCAUGGUUACUGGAGCACGUUUCCCUCUCUGAGCUUCUUCUUCGUCAGAAAAUGUCUGUGUCGGUGGCCUUUUGAGAGCUGCCGCGUACAGACUGAUUCGUAGACACUGUAUGUGUCACAUAAUCUCUUCCACCAUCGCUGACAAUUUCUACUGAAUUGGACAGCAAAUAUAUGACGCGGUUGUUGUCCAAACUGAAACCAUGCACUCCCGCGGUCCCGCGGGGUGUGUUCUCCAGGUCCCCCACAAUUGACUGAGAGAACUGGACGUUUGUUGAAGUAAGCCCACUUCGAAGGUAUGUAUCCGCUUAUCACGCCCCGCUAUUUUGCGGGGUAACGGCACCCUCGAUGCACUGAAUACAGUUAAAAGUCAACGUGUGUAUGAUAGUGAGGGACCAUGGAGAAUCGUUUCCGGCAUAGUACACGGAAUGUGCGAAAAUCAUUGCAUGGUCCUUCUACGCUUAAAUCAAUGUGCAAGCAAGUAUACCUGCAAACAGUCACUGAGUUGGGAAUUUUUUCAAUAAACCUCCGUUGUUGUUUUCUUUUUCCUUGGUAUUCGAUAGCAUGGACGAUUCACUAUUUCAAACAAUUUUGGUCGGGGAAGAAAAUAUCCGUAUUAACGAGGCACGACUGUAUACUGUGCUGUACUUACGCACCCAUAAGGCUGUAUUGCACAUAGCAUCGUUUCCCCCUUACUUUGGUGGCCCAACUUCACACACAAAUGCUUAUGUUUCUUCACCAGAAAAACUAUGCGUCAAGAGCAUCAAAACCAAGUUAGUAGUUGCCACUUUUUCUUUGCUAACAGUUGUUUGGCCGUUAUUUUUUGUUGACGAAUGCGCAUCCUCAUCACCAAGUGAUCCAAACCUCCAGAAUACCUUUAUUGUCAUUCAGAUCUGCAUGUCUGAAGACCUCGCAUGCGCAUAAAUACUGUUUUUGCCCCCCCUCUCUCACUCUCUUUUUCCAUGUUAUGAACACUAAGAGGUAGCAACUAGUAUCUAACUGGAAACAUUCUUGCUGUGAAUGCCAAAUUUAUGAAUGCAAACUGCAUGAUUUCUUGAAUUUUUUUAUACCAUUAUAAUCGCAUUCAGUCAUAAUUAUUGCCCCAAUAAUUAUUAAUCACAAAUGACAGCCAGAAUGUUGCAUAUUUUAUUGUCUCUUUUAAAAUAAGUGGUCACACUAUCCUCAGGACUUGUAUCUUAUUAGGCUAUGAAGGAACUAGGAGUGGAUAGCGUACAUGCCUGUGAGAACUUGUGUUGAGAUCUAUUUCUGUCGUAAUGGCACUUGGAAAGCUAAAAUUACGGAGCAUUCAGUCUUACUGCUCCAGAAUAUACUGUAUUUUCCGGUAAAUACCACGCACGUCGUACAUUGUGAAAAGUGUCCUUUAGGGCCAGUGUUUGUUAUGCAUCGGAGCUUUUUCCUAGAAGGACAGUCCCUAAUGGCGCUUUGUCAAAAUGUGGCAGAAUUUGCUCGCCUUGCACCCACUGUUGUCACUUGAACAUGGGUGUUCAGGAGCUAGCAGUUUUAGUUGUUUGAAUAACACUAGGGCCAUUGUGGUCGCUCAUGUUCCAGUUCUGUCGUCUGCUAACACACGUUAAAUUUGGCACAUGGCCAAUCAGGGCCAUUGCUGGCCCUCGCGGUGUAGAUCUGACGACACCAACUAUAGUUGGGCGAGAGGCCAGGCAAAAAAUGUGCUAGCUGGGAAAUUCCUGGUGCCAAGAAAGCACCACAAGUGAUUGUCACAUUUUGACCGAAACACAGUUGUGCAGAAUCUGGCAAAGAAAGCUGUCAGAAAAUGACCGCGCAAAUUUGUCAUAACAAAGGUGCCGUGCUACCUCUAUUCGUCAGCCUUGGCCGAGUUGUGUGACGAAGACGUAAGUAAUUAAUUUAAGUGCCACGUUCGGGAACUCUGGUGGAAAAAAAAUGAUACACAGUGAGUGCAAGUAGCAGGGAGACGUGACGGGCUAGCUGAGGUAGCGAAGCGGGUCCAAGAAGAAUGGGACAGCUUAGAAGUGUCCGUGAUCCUCCUUGAGUCAGAAGGUUAGCGAGGUUGAAAGGAAUAUGAGAGUGGCAAGGAUACCAAAGUCUACUGCGCGCUAAGUCUGUCGGAUUGAACUUGGAUGGCUUUGAUACAUGCUGCAUCCCCGAUAGGUCUAAUAAAAUUUACACUUAGCUACUGUGGACAUUAGCGGAGAUGUAGAGCUUACAGUUUCUACGCGCUGGUAGUGUCGGUAUAUCGUUCCCCUGGGUCGCAAUAUACAUAAGCACCUCCCCCCUGACAAAAUGACAAUCUGCAAUUUCAAUAGGGACUCGAAAGGACUUGAAUUCAGUGGUCCCACUGAUCCCUGACAAAUGUGGAUCUUCAGUGUGAAGAUGUAAACAAUACAUAAUCGUAAAAGUAUUACUAGAAAUGAUAAUAAAUUGCAACAAGAAGAAAAACAAUAUCGAGUGAGUGGAUGAUGACAUUCUAAUAAAUGAGAAUAAUAGAGAAUGGGGCCUCAACUUUCGCGUACCCACUUGUUGCAUGUUGAGAAAGCACAUGUCCGCAUACUUUCUCACGAUUGUGUUGCUGAACAUUCUACAGUUUAUUAUUUUUGAACUAUACAAAUGCCAAAAAAUCUUGUCACGAAAUCGUACUUCCGAUGAAUUAAAGCAACUGAGAAAAACAAAUGUUCUCAAGAAGUCAUUCACAAAUGUGCAAGUAGGUAAUUUGCCAAUUAGUGAGUUUUAAUGAUGUGCAUGUGCAGCACCUUAAGUGUACGUGCAGCAAAAUCCCCCAGAAAAAGGAGGACGCACCGUGUAUUUGCAACAUAUUCGUUAUGAGAAAUGGAGAAAAUACCUAAAAUUGCAGGCAACCUCCUUAGAAACCUACUCUCUCUCUCUCUCUCUCUCUCGAAAUAUUACAAUCUGCGCAAUGCUUUGACCAAAUGUAAAGCCAUAAUAUGGUACCACGCAAAUUGUUCAAUAGUCAUUGGUCAUCAUAUUAUGUCACUGUACAAAUAUCACUUAGGUAGUGUUUUAGUAGCAAUGUUUCACCUAGUCAUGCAACAGGACAAAUUUGACAUGGACCAUGUUAUUCUACUUGAGGCAGUUGUGUAAUUAGAAACAAAAUACAGUCAUGCCUUGCUUAUCCUCAAUUUUCCGGAUACCAAAUUUCCGGAUAAGUGAAUCCAGAGCGAGGAUGCAUGCAGCAUCAUUGUAACAAUUUAUUACACGCACAAAAAAAAACGAAAAAGUACUGUCUUCUAGCACUCGUCAUUUUAGAACUUUUUAUUGGAAAAUUUGGACACGCAGAACGUCACAGAUCGUAGACUUGUCAAUGGCAAGGCCCAGUGCCUCCUUAAUUGAAGAAGGCUCGAAGGCCAGGAAUACUUUCACAUGGUUUGGAUAGCUGACACUUGUGCAUAGACUUCUUAUACUCAGUAAAAAGCGGACACCUCUUGUGUUUUUCGGGAGCCAUAAUCACUGUCUGUCCACACUAGUCUCCAGAGGCUGACCCUUCACAAAAAGGGUUCAAAGAAUAGAGGAGGAGGAGGAGGACUGAGGUCAUAGUCACGUUCCCAUAUAAGCAAAUCAGAAUUGGCCACUGGUUCUGGAACAUUGUUCUUGAUACUUCACGUCCAAGUAGGGAUAAUGAAUUUUGGAUAACAGGAUGGAAAACGAAGGUGAACAAAGUCGUUCCCGAUCACGUAGUCCAUAAAGCUAGACCAUAAGCGAGGCAUGACUGUAGUACAGUUUAAUUUUCAGUAGACGAUAAAUACCAAAUAGUCUUUAUGGUGAAAUGCCGUACUCUAUGACUAAUGCAUUUCGCACACAUGGUGUUCAUCAUACGCUUCAUUUUAAUGCAGUGUCUCAUACGUUAAAAGCAAUAUGCAUUGUCAUCAUAGGUGGUGCUCCACCAGUUGUGAUCAGGAUUGUACAUCUUGGAGCUUUGAAGGUUUCUUGAUAACUUGAACCUGCAAACGUAAAUUGUAAGCGUCACUAUUAAAAGACAUGCGAUAAGAUGCAAUGCAAACAUACAAGUGGACAAGCUCACCUUUAUGGGAACACCAUCAACAUUGUUUAGCACCUAGAAGCGGUACUUAAUUUUUGAAACAUCCCAUCCAUGCAAGUUGUUUACAUGUUCCUUGUAUCAUUAGUUAGAAUUAGUUCUUUUAUAUCUCUAACCUGCAGUUGUCUUAGGCGGUUACCGGUUGGAAGAUGCGGAGAAGAAAAUAUCUUGUGGCAUAAUGUUUUUUUAUUCUUUUUGUCUCAAACAAAUAAAAUUCAGCAAUACAAGAGAGAUCUGAAGAGGUUACGGAAGCAGAGAUUGUACAAUGUGCGAGAGAAAAAAAGAGUCAGAAUUUUCUCCUUACGAUUAUUAUGCGCUUUUACUUUGUCUGCAUUUGUCCAAACCAAGAAAAAACAACGGAUGAAGCAAAUAAGCAGCAAUGGAUGAGCAAUGAAGCAGAUUUGUGUUUCUGCAUCUUCGUUAUGUUGUACCUGUCUGUGUGGUAGUAGUUAAAACUGUGUAAUCAAUAUA